GCUAUCUUUCCUCUCAUUUCUUAGCCAUUGGGCUUUCCCUGUAUCCAUACUGCUAUGUGUAGACUUCAGUCUCAUUCCAUUGCCGCAUAGUUGCGCUUUGCUAUUCCGUCGCCAUGGACGACCUCUCGCGGUCCGAGUACCCAGCCAUGCUGGCUAGCCUCCAGUCGGGCCAGGCAGCUCAAGCUCUCUCCGAUCGAGUCAAGCGAAUCUCCCGGGUGAAUCAGGAAAUCGCAGAUUGGCUACAGGAGCGCCGGAGGGUCGAAGAGCUCUAUGCUAGCGGCCUUCGAAAGCUCCUGCUCUUCAAGGUGCCUAGUGCGCAGUCUGAACUCGGUGUAUUCCAAUCGCCAUGGGACAAGAUCCUCCACUCCGUCGAUGCCAUCGCCGCCUCCCACCACCUCUUUGCGCAGAGGAUCGAGAAAGAUGUCGAGCAUGCUCUGCGGGGGUUCCAGAACAAGAGGGAAAUGCAGAACAUGCAAACCAUCGGCGCGAACCUCCAGACGAUGGCGAGGGAGCUUGACGAGGCCCAGGACAAGUCCGACAAGCUGACCAAGAAGGGCGGUAAGGCGAACGCUCAGAAAGUCGAUCAGGUGACCUCGAGGCUCGAGUCCGCAACCCAACAAUGGGAAUCCCAGGCACCCUUCAUCUUCGAGACCUUACAGGCCCUCGACGAGCAGAGAGUCAAUCACCUGCGUGACGUCUUGACACAGCUGGAGACGCACGAGGUGGACCAGGCUGCGCGAACCCAAGCUGCCGCUGAAGAAGUAUUGAACACGAUGCUGGAGGUUAAUACGAGCCAGGAAGUACAGAAUUUCGUGCAGCGGACGAUUGCGGGAAAACCCAAGCUGGAGAGACGAACGCCGGCGGCGACAAGGCAGAACAGUGUCGUUGCCCCUUCCGCCCUCUCGCCUCCGACCACGGCUGGCCACGAGGACGAUGUGAGUGACCAUUCGGGGACGAGGGACGGGCAAUUGCCAGACUCGUCAAAAUUGCGAAGCCGGAUUGGGACCAUGUUCGGGCGAAGGCGGCAGAGCAUCCAUGGGGGAUUCGGACCAAUAUCACCGCAGAAGAACAUGGGCAGCUUUACGAGGAGCAUUGGCAGCAGCCACGGCAGAGCAAUAUCCCCGCGCGGGUCCUCGCACAAUCUUGCCGACUCGAGCCAUCGACUCUCGUCCCUCGCCGAGAGCCCCACGUCUGCGCAACCGCCCGAUACGUCUGAUGGCAAGCCGAAGCCUUCGCACGAAGGUACCAAUGGGGUGACGGGUGGAGAUGACGCUGCACCUGUCCAGUCUUCCUUGAACAUGCUCAAUGGCACUGCCGAAGAUAUCUUCGAUGCGCCGCCGCCGGCCGCCGGACCUCAGCCCACUGAACAGAACAAUAACCAGGAAGCCGUCAAGGAUGCCGAGGGAUACACCGUUCCGGCGCCCCUAAACGACCCUAUUACGCAGGCGCAGAAGGAGGCCGCAGCUGCGGGAGAGGAGGCUGACCGGUUCUUCAAGCUGAACAUCCAGAAGGAGCCCGUGUCUGAGGAGGAUCCCGAUGCGAAAAAGGCGGCGCUGUCCAACGUAGCGAACACGCUGACGCAGAUGGGCAUGCCAAGCCGGAGCAAUACGAUGAGGGGCCGGAGAGACGUUCGCAACACGAUAUACAUGCCCAGCUUGCCCGUUCCCGAGCCGACUUCAGAAAAUCCCUUCCCGCCAUCACCGGCAUUGCCUAGCUCCACCUCACGGCCCUUGGCUGUUUCCGCCCUAGCAUCGGAAGCCAGCAUCGCUGGGACAUCGGAUACGCAGUCGGUACGAUCCGGCAUAUCUCUCGGCAGCCUCACGCAGCACAAACACCCCGAGAUGUACGGGCCGGGGUUGAAUGCUUCGAUAAUCGAAUAUGUGUCGGCGUCGUUCGAUGGCGGUGAAGUGAAGGACGCAAGGAUCAAUGGCGAGAUUGCCUUCUCGUAUAAUGCGGAUCCAACCUCUAGUAUCCCAGAUCACGAAACAAUUCGCAUAAACAACUUCCCAGUUCUCGCUGCCAUCGGACCAAACCGUAUCGUGGUCAACAACACCCCCUUCCCCGAUGAGUUCACGUUGGAUUUGACCCACCUCGCCAAGCCAUCGCCAUCCUUCACCUACCGCGUCCACGCCGAAGAUGCUUCCAGCUCCCUCGCAUCGCACUGCCCGCUGGUCAUCAAGCCGACGUGGAAGCCGGCGGGCGACAAGCUCGGCCUGCUGAUUCAGUACCGGCUCAACCCUGACAGCAAGGUGCCGAGGCCGGCGACGCUCAACAACGUCAUCAUCUUCGCGACCUACGAGGGCGCGCGGGCGAGCGGCGCCCAGAGCAAGCCGGCCAGCACACACCUCAAGGACAAGCACGUCGUCUACUGGCGCCUCGGCGACGUCACGCCGACCGACGACUGGUCCAAGAUCGUGUGCCGCAUCAUCGGCGAGCAGGGUGGCGAGCCCGCGCCCGGCCACGUCGAGGCGAGGUGGGAGUACGCCGCGCCCGCCUCCGCGGCGGCCGGGAUCGGGAGCGGCAUCUCGGUCUCGAGGCUGGUCGAGGGCAAGGGCAAGGGCAAGGCCGUGAUCGAGGAGGAAGAGGACGAGGAGGAAGGCGGAGACCCCUUCGCUGACGAGAAGGGUUCCGUGUCGCCUGCGCUGAAGGACGAUACCAGGACCUGGGCUGACGUGCUUGUGGUGCGCAAGUUGGCGUCUGGGAAGUACGAGGCCAAAUGAAAAGGGAUUGGAGGGGAUGACCUCCGAAGGUGUGAAGCUGGAGAUGAAUGAUAUGGAUACCUGUACCUAUGUUUUGAUUGUCCAAUUUGUCCGCCUUGCUCGGGACCUGAAGUUUGUUUUGGAGGGAUCUUCUUUUUCGUUUUGCUUUUUACCUUCUGCUAGCAGAGCAGAUGGAUGUUCUCUGCCAUUGUAUAGCAAACUGGAGCUGGAAAGUUCAGCUUGUCUUUGUCAGAUUCAGAAAGUUACGACCAAAUUUGAUGGGAAUAUAUCAAAAUCCUGAGCCAAUAGAGUGCAAGAGUUA